AUCAGAUCUGAUGAGAAUACGUUCGGCAUGUUUCGUCUUGGAGUAGCGCCGUGGCAACCAUAAACAACAUUCAUCCCCGCAUUCCUAGCUCAUCUCUCCACCAUGGCAUCCCUACCCGGGCUGGCUACACUAUUCCUGGGUCGGAUCCCAUCAGAAGCCAGAGAAGACACCAUCCAUUCGUUCAUAGAGAGUAUAAAGCCUCGAAAUGGAGAUCCAUUAGAUCUUGGCAGCGUCAAACUGGGUUUGGAAUUACUUCGGGCUUGUCGUGGCAUCGAAGGUCUUGGCAAAUUAUGCUCUUUCGUCGUCGAGGAGUUGGACAACGGCAGCGGAGCCUCUGGAAAGCUGCGCGAAAUCACAAGUCUUUGCUCCGAUUAUGAAGAUCUAGGUUGCCAAGUUCUCCAGCACAUUGAAAACGAUCUACUCAAAACAGCUCGCCUUCUACGCGUCUCCGAUCUGGGAUAUCAUGUCCCAACAGAAGCCUUCCUGAAUCACCACAUGGUAGCAAGCAUUCCUGUCCUAGACGAGACUGUGUCCGGCGAUGGCAUUAGUCAUCAAGUAUCGACUACGAUUCGCUACCUGACCUUUUUGAAGGUUCUUCUCUGGCAUGCUAACGAAGACCGCAUAAGCAUAUCCAACACCAUAUUCACUAGUCUACUAGUGUUGCUAGGAACUGGCCCCGAAUUAGCCACAGCAUCCGGGGAUGCUAUUGCUGCUUUCCUACCUCUGCUGGAAGGCAAUCAUCUUUCGUACUCUACGGAGGUAAGAGAUAGUUUGAUCGCACAAAUAUGGGAAAGGAUAUGCGAUCUCCUUUCCAACCCCUUACCAUCCGAGCCUGCUGGUUCUGCUUUCCGGUUAUGGUUUCGCUGGAUAUACCAAUCAGGUGGAUACGAACCUUCUCAAAGUAUUCUCCAGCAGACACAGUAUUGGAAUCUGCUCCAAAUCGGGCUUCUUCACGGGUAUUCUGAGCAGCGGAAGCUCUGUCUUGGUAUCCUCCAGAAAUCAAUCGCAAUCUUGCAAAGCAACGUGGAAAAUACCCACAUGACUUUCAAGCUGCAAGCUCGACGCAAUUAUGAACUGCAGUACACUAAGUACUGUACUUUGUAUGAAACGGUCGUACUUGAUCGUUAUCCUAAUCAAGUCUCAGCAUGUCUGGGCGAUCUGGCUAAAAUUAUGUCUCCUACUUCUCAUAUUCAUAUAUCGUGGAUAACUACUCUUCUAUCAGCCGCAUUGAGCUCUAAGAUCCAGGACGGAAUCCGCAAAAUAAUUGGACUCUGGUACAUUGACUUCACCAGUCACUCCGAAGAGGAGCUUGAAUCUCAACAAACGUUACUGUUCCAAGGCAUUCUCCCUUGGGCAACUCAAGGGUUCCUGUUUACUCAGUCACUCUUUUCGUCUCGCGAGUCUACAGAGUGCCUUCAUGCGCAGAACCUUUGCAAUCUCAUUCAAAGAUUCGCCGAGAAAUGCUCUGGUACUAAAGAACGGCUGUUGUUCUUGAGGAAGGUAUUGAAAUACAUAUCUAACGAUGCGAAUAUAUUUCCGUACGCUAUGCUAUAUAUACUGGAAGGCCUUUUAGAAGGAUUUCGAAAUACCAAAACUCUACCAUUCUUGGAGAUUGACGAAUUAGCAUUAGUUGCCACGACGUCAGUGCGGGCUGGUUUACCUGAGGUAGCUAGAGAUCUGUGCACAACCUAUUGCAUGGCCUUGACCACGGAAACCCAAAAGAAUGUCCGCGCAUCUGUGCCCGGAGUCGAUGGAUUGGAACAAAGAUGGAAGAAGCUUGAGAGUACGCCGGUCAUUACUCGCGAUGCGGCUAAAACUACCGACCUGGCUGAAAAUAUAGGGAGAAAUCUCAACAAUGACACCGAUGGUCAAAGUACCCAGAUUGGUGCUACAGCUAUACGGUCUCACGCCGAAAGUCUGAAAACCAUAACUUACAGAUCCGCCAGGGGAGAUGGGCUGCUUCAAGCCCUUGACACACUAGCUUCGGCUUUAGACACUACCGACGCGCAUGACAUACCUCCAAGUCUACUCUACGAAGCAUUGGAGAUUUUGUGGGACGAAGUCGACACCCAAGAGUAUCCAAAGGCGGCACUCAUGAGGAUUCCAGGUCUCGCUCUGCGUCCAAUCUUUAUCCAAAUCUGCAUCAGCGAAGACGGAACCUCCGAAACUAACAGCCUAACUGUUCUUUUAACAAAGAUUCUAGAGACUGUCCAUAGACUAUCCGAGAGUCGAUCGUAUCUUCUACCUCCUUUGGCACAGUCGCUCCGGGCCGCAUGUUUGUCGUACCCUGAGGCCUUGUCGAUACUGCCUGUAGAUGACUUUCUACUCCGCUUUGCCAACCAUCCUCCGUCCCCGCGACCCGACUUUCUCUUCGAAUGUGCUGCCGCUUUAAAGCUCGAGGUAUUCUUUCCUCAUCUUUCAUAUACGUUCUACUACGGCGUUCGCGAGUGGUUUGGCUACGCAUGCGUCAUGGAUCUUGUAAACAGACUGCCAAACCUCAACGCUGUCAUUACUCGGGAUGUUCUGGAUCAGUUAAUCAAACCAUGGGCGACACAAAAAACUCCUGUGCCUCAAGUUAGCAAAUGGAAGACGCUCACCCAACUUCAGAUGAUGUUGAUCCUUUCCGAGGCUUGCAUUUCGAAAGGAGAUCCAGUGGAGACGAGUCUAUAUCUGAAUACCUUCAUGGAUAUUCUUUCUGUGGAGCCAUGGCCGAAAUAUCGAUAUCUUCUCGAAUGGAUGCUGGCACGUCUCUACCUACACAGUCCGGACGAUCGUAGCCUCUUGCUCGACCGCCUGGGCAGCCAAGGCGAAUCAAACCCAAAACUCACCGCUUCCUUGAUGAGGAUGGCAGUAAUGGUUGCCUGCUUCCCUGACACCCCCGAAUCCUUCAGUUUACGUCUUGUGACCCUCCUUAUUCCCCUCUGCGCCAGCGGCAAAAUCCAGGUCCGUCACGAAGCCCAUUGGGCUUUCCCGUCCAUUUGGGACCACGUCGAAACGCGCGGCUGGUCGAAUAUACUAUCAAACCCAGCGUUCGCUGCCUUGAAUACGCAUAUUCGCAGCCUCUGGCGCUUUCAAACCCCAACCUCGCCUUACAACAGCCGAUCCCUGACGCUUGAUCUGGUAAAAGAUCAUAAUAUGGCGAAUCUCUUCCAAGGCGACUAUCUUCGCACCUACCCGCCAGAGCGCGAGCUCGUUACAACCGCCGACUUCGAAGCAGUAUGGGCCGCAGAUGUACGCAAUAAGCUUGCGGUCCCUCGACCUCACGCUCCUCCCUUGAUCAGUCUUGGCUCACCCAAGCCUCCAAUUGAAAUCGAAAUCCCCACCUCAUCUGCUACAGUAGCACCACUUUCAACGCCCUUCACCACAGCCGACCUUUUAGACGCAAACCUUGCCCCCCUCCAAACAAAGUCCACAACCUGGCAGCACUUCCUCGCUCCUACUGGUCCCAACCCUGCCCGCCGGCACACCCCUCUCAUCCUCGUCGCCUCCCUGAUCACCAACCCCGCCAACCUCGGCGGGCUCUCCCGCAUUGCCGAGAUAUUCGGUGCAGAUUCCCUCGCUCUUCCCUCUCUUCAACCCCUCAGCCAACCCGCUUUCACAUCCGUGGCCGUAACAAGCCAUCAACACAUUCCUAUCUUUGCGUUAUGGCCCGCCGACCUCCCGAAAUAUUUGGUAGACAAGAAGAAAGAAGGGUACACUAUUGUAUGCGUUGAACAGACGGAUCGAAGCAAAGUUUUAGGGGAGGAGGGCACGGUCGUGCCGAAGAGAAGCGUGGUCGUGCUGGGGAGUGAAAAGGGCGGCUGUCCCGCUGAGGUGCUCGCGGAGGCAGAUCUGUGCGUUGAGAUCAAGCAGAAGGGGGUGACGAGGAGCUUGAAUGUACAGACGGCGGGAGCGGUUUGCUUGUUUGAGUACCAACGGACUUGGGGGUGAGGGGUAUUAGGACGACGUGAAAGGCAAGGAUGGUUGACAGUGUAAUCUAUUCGAAAGUUCUGUUUCGUUGCGGCUCAUGAAAGAUUCCAGUAGAGAAGAGUGAAACUUACUUGACAGCUACACAAUCCAAGGGAG